AUGAGAUUCUUUGUUCCAGCUUCAAUUUUGACCUUGUCUUCCAGUGCUUUAGCUGCCAUUAGACCAGUCCAAUUCUUUGCUUCUUCAGACAACGAAGAAGUCAACGGACAAGGUUUGUACUCCACUCACGAAGGUGCUGGUGUCAACUACUUUUUCCUUGGUGCUGCUCAAAAUUUGCAAUACAAUGAUGAAUCCAGGGUUGUCUACAUUGAAUUGAGUGCUCAACAACCAGCUAGACAAUACCUUGCUUUCACUGGUGACGUCUUGUCAUUGACCGUUGCUGAAGAACCAUUGCCAGUUGACAUUGCUGAAGAUGGAAUAGUCACUUUCCCAGGUUCAGAAGCUCUUGCUGCCGCCAAGAACAUCAAUGACCCAUACAGAUACUCUGAAGACGUAUUUGCCGUUGUCAAAGAUGGUGCCGAAGGUUCAAUCCCAUUGUCAAUCAGUGCUGUAUUUGGUGAUGUUGAAGCUGAAGAAGCUGACGAGUCAACCGAGGGUGCUUACUCAAACAAGACUGUUACCGUCUACACCACUUACUGCCCAGAACCAACCACUUUGACCUUGACCGUUUGUGAAACUGUCUGUCAAGAAACAGCCAUCACCGUCACCGAGGCUGGUGAAGUUACUGUUGACAAUGUCAAGGCUGAAGCUACUGAAGCUACUGAAGCUACUGAAGCUCCAGCUGCUGUUGAAGCUGCCGAAGCUCCAGCCGCUGUUAACUCUACUAGUGUUGCUGCUCCUGCUAUCACCUUGGAUGCUGAAGCAAGUGCUUACGAAGGUUCCGCUGCAGCAGUUGGUGGAGCUGGUUUGGUUGCUGUUGCUUUCGCCGCAGCUGGUUUAGUCUUUUAA